AUGGAAUCCCUCACUGCAUCAAACACGGCCUUUGCGCUGGAACUGUUCAGGGCCCUGAGCCAUGAGGAGCCCACAGCCAACCUGCUCAUCUCCCCAUUCAGCAUGUCUUUGGCACUGGCCAUGGUCUUCCUUGGCACUCGUGGCAGCACCAAGGAACAGAUGGCGAAGACUCUUCAUUUCGACACGGUGAAGGAGGUUCAUUCAAGAUUCCAGAGCCUGAUUUCUGAUAUCAAUAAGCAUGGUGCUUUGCACAUCCUGAAGGUCGCCAACAGGCUAUAUGGGGAGAAGACCUACAAGUUUUUCCCCGAGUUCUUAGAUUCGAUUCAAAAAAUGUAUGGUGCUGAGCUGGCCAGUGUGGACUUCCAGAAUGCAUCUGAAGAGGCAAGGCAGACAAUCAAUGAGUGGGUUAAAGGACAGACGGAAGGAAAAAUCCCAGAACUUUUGACAGAAGCGGUGGUGGACAGCAUGGCCAAACUGUUGCUCGUGAAUGCAAUCUACUUCAAGGGGAAGUGGAAGCAGACAUUCCCUGUACAGGAUUCCCAUGAGGCUCCAUUCAGAGUGAAUAAGAAAGAAAUCAGGAAGGUGAUAAUGAUGCAUCAAAAGAACAAAUUUCCUGUGGGGUACAAUAAGGACCUCAAGUUCAGCACGCUUGAGCUUCCCUAUCAGGGCAUUGCUUUCAGCAUGUUCAUCCUGCUGCCGGACGAAGAUAAAGACUUGACCACAGGCCUACAGGAGAUUGAGAAACAUAUACAUUUGGAGAACCUAAAGGAGUGGAUGAAGCCUGAGAACAUGCCAGUCAAGUUUGUCAAUGUCUACCUACCCAGGUUCAAGCUGAAGGAGAAAUACACCCUCAACUCCCACCUUGCCCAUAUGGGCCUGGCCCAACUCUUUGAUCCCAGCCAGGCAGAUCUUUCAGGCAUGUCAGGGGACAGAGAUCUUUUCAUUUCCAAAAUUGUGCACAAAUCCUUUGUGGAGGUGGAUGAGGAAGGCACAGAAAUGGAUGUCACUCCAGUGAACAAUGUUCUCUUGUGCAUGCAAGAACCAGUAGUAGAUUUCAAGGCUGACCAUCCCUUCAUUUUCUACAUUUUGGACAAAUCAUCACACAACAUACUUUUUCUGGGCAAAGUUGCUCGUCCAUAA